AGAGCGACCAGCUGCUAGCUGUCAGCUAUAUUUCUGUUUGUGAGGAAGUGGCAACUUUCUUGAUAACAUUUCCGUCACGCAUGCGUCGAAAACCCGGUCUAACAUAACUUCCGGCACUUUGCCGACUGAUAGAAAGGUUAAAUUAAAGAGUAUCGAAAGUUACGAUAUUUGUUUUUAUAUCAACAAGUUGUGUAAAUAUUUGAAGUAUAUUAGAUGAAACAAAAUGUCAAAGAUAAAUAAAGCACAAAGUUAAAUAUGAUAUUAAAUUCAGAAUAUAUAGAAGUAUGCUCAAUCUAAUGACUACUUGCAACUGCUUUUCACAUUUCUAAAGUAUGUUUUUAUGUGAAAUCUAUACGAACCAUGUCAGAUGCUUUUGAGGAAAUACAAGCGAUCAAAAUAAAGAGAAACAGCUAUCGUGAAAAACUACAGAAAAGGAAGCGUGAGAGGCAUGAAUUGUACACGCUCACUUCUACGCCGGUUCCAUCCGCCUUGACGGAAUCAGCGUGUCCUGAUUCCAAUACAUCUUCACGUUCUGAUCACAGCGAAUAUGAAAGAGAUGUACUUUGCAUCCUGCAUGAAUCUUUACCUAAUUUACCGAUAACAUCUGCCGAUUUAAUAGAUCAACUACGUAAAAAUCUCAACGCCGAUGUGUCCUCUUCCGAUAUUCACAAGAUUCUGGAGAAAUUAGCUGCGCAAGAUAUAGUUAAGAUCAAAGAAGUCACAGAGAAUGGAGUGUUUGGGUAUACAGUAUUAUCCGUAACAGAAUCCCAAUCAUCCUGCCAGUCUCAAUCUGACGAUACAGAGAAUGCUGAAAGUGUAGAAACAUCUGCAUCUGAAUUGAACGAUCAUGUGCCUCCAGACAAGCAAGCAAAAGUGGACAAGAAGAACACCGAAGACAUCAUGUCCUUGAUCUCGAUGCCGACUAUCAGAGAGAAGGAGAGCAAGAAGGUCGGCGAACAGAUCUUGGACUUACUGUCGAAGCAGACGUCCAAGGAGAAAUCACUGGCGGAACGGUUUCGCUCACAGGGAGGCGCCCAGGUCAUGGAGUUCUGUCCACAUGGUACUAGAGUGGAUUGUGUAAAGCUGAAUGGCGGUCCGGGAUUCGCGGAGAAGUGCAAAAAGCUACACUUUAAGAAGAUCAUACAGAGCCACACGGAUGAGUCCUUGGGUGACUGUAGCUUCCUCAAUACAUGCUUCCACAUGGAUACCUGCAAGUACGUCCAUUACGAAGUGGAUGGUCCCACGGCUCAACCGAAGGAGGCCAAUGAUUCUGACAGUCCGAGCAACAUCGCGCCUAACAAGACGCUGAAUCUAGAUAGUAAAAACGGCAGUGGUUCCAGCGGCAAUGUAGGCGAAUUGACUUUGUAUCCACCGCAAUGGAUUCAGUGCGAUCUGCGUUAUCUCGACAUGACGGUUCUCGGCAAGUUUGCUGUAAUCAUGGCCGAUCCACCGUGGGAUAUUCAUAUGGAGUUACCUUACGGCACCAUGUCGGACGAUGAAAUGAGGCAGCUAGGGAUUCCAGCGCUUCAAGAUGAAGGAUUACUGUUUUUAUGGGUAACCGGCAGAGCCAUGGAAUUGGGAAGGGAGUGCCUGCAGCUGUGGGGCUAUGAAAGAGUCGAUGAAAUCAUUUGGGUGAAGACGAAUCAGUUGCAAAGGAUAAUACGGACUGGUAGGACGGGCCAUUGGUUGAAUCAUGGCAAAGAGCAUUGUCUGGUUGGCAUGAAGGGUAAUCCUCGUAUCAAUCGUGGACUGGAUAGUGACGUGAUCGUCGCCGAGGUACGCGCGACUAGCCACAAACCCGACGAAAUCUAUGGUAUCAUCGAGCGCAUGAGUCCUGGCACCAGGAAGAUUGAGCUGUUCGGUCGACCGCAUAAUGUGCAGCCCAAUUGGAUCACACUGGGCAACCAAGUGGAUGGAGUUCAUUUGAUUGAUCCUCAACUCAUUAAAGCUUUUAAGAAACGUUAUCCCGAUGGAAACUCAAUGAAACCUACUAAGUCAUAAGAUUGUUUUCGCAUAUCCUAAAAAUAAUAAUUCUUUAAAAUAUUAUUUUAUAUUUAAUAAUACAAUAAUCCUUUAAAGGAUUGAGAGAGCAACGGUAUCGAUUUGAAAAGCCGAAUUUUGAAGCUGAAAAAAAAAAGAUUUAUGGACCAAUUUUCUAGGAUCUUUACAAGUUGGAUUCAUGAACCAUUCAAUUUGUCUGUUUACAAUAGAUUAAAUAAAAUUAGCACAAUUUGUAGAUAUCGUUGUGAGAUACAAUACUGAACAAAAAUUUGAUAAGUAAUCCUUUGCUAUUUUUGUAUUUUUUAAAAACUUCUUUGACUAUGUUGAAAUUUUUU